AUGAAGUUGGAAACAGCGUUGCUAACAUUUGCUUUACUCACUGGCUGGUCUUUCCAGUUUGUCAGUGCCAAUGUUCUGGGUUCAGGCAAAAACCAUGACGUCCAGCAGGAUGGUCGCACUGACACUCUUACAGAAAAACAAGAAGAUGAACAAGACAUGAAAACCCGUUCACGCAGGGAUGCAGCAGAUAUGCAAAUGGAAUCCAACUGGAAUGUGCCUGACAUCGCCAUGGGAACCUACGAGGAUGCUGAUUGGCAUCCCUCUUCCUCAGUAAUAGAGUCUUACUCGGACCUGACCCCUGACGCUCCAGUGGUGAUUCGCAGUGACACCAUUGGUAUUGGUGAUGUCACCAACCAGACUUUGAACCAAACCAGUGGCAAUUCAGCACAAUGUGGCGAGUACCGCAGCAAACUCAUGCCCAAUGGUCAGUGCCAACUGAUGGCGAAGCUGCCUCCUGUAGGAACAACAGAACAUCGUUGCCCGGAUAUGUUUCGCUGCAAUGAUGAGAUCUCCUUUUGGCUUCACGAGAACCAGAACAGGAAAGAUCAGCUGGAGGAGCUGAGGGAGACAAUGUCCGAGCUGCAGGAGGAGCUACGGAAUCAUCGGCAUCGGGUCAAGGUCUUGGAGAUGCAGGCUGAAGACAGUUUCAGAUUAAACUCAACCCUCAGCCAGCGCUUGCAUUUUCUGGAGCUGCGUCAUGCUGAGGUGGACACGCUGCUCCACGUGCAUGUAGCAGUACUGUACGAACUGCAGUCGCAGCUCCGCAACCUGUCAGCUUCCAUGCAGCACACGAACCGAAACACCGGCUGCACGAUCAGUGUGAUUGGAGCAGCACCCCCACUCAGCAUGAGAGACACCUUGCCACCAGGCGGACAGUACGUGUCUCACUGUCCAUCAGAUUGUGCGUCUUUGUAUCACAACGGUGUCCGUCGCUCUGGGGUUUACACCAUCGUCAUGUCACCAAGCAACACUUUCCCAGUGUACUGUGACAUGGAAACAGAUGGCGGAGGCUGGACGGUAUUUCAGCGACGGCGAGACGGGUCGGUGAGCUUUAACCGCGCCUGGUUAGAAUAUCGGGAUGGCUUCGGUGAACAACGAGGAGAACACUGGCUGGGUAACCAAAAGCUUCACCAGCUGUCCAACCAGGGUCACUACAGCCUUCGUGUAGAUAUGCAGGACUGGAGCCACGCCCACAGACACGCCCUGUAUCAGUCCUUCAGGAUAGACGGUGAAGAGAACCAGUAUCGGCUCCAUGUGGCUGGUUUUAGUGGGACAGUGGAGGAUUCAUUCGGCUGGUAUCAUGACCAACACCGUUUCAGCACACCUGACACGGGAAACAUCUGUGCUGAGAUCAGCCACUCGGGCUGGUGGUUCCACCAGUGUUUCUAUGCCAACCUUAAUGGAGUCUACUACAAGGGUGGCCGCUACUCCCUGAAGGCUAACAACCUGCUGGGGCCAGAUGGAAUCGUCUGGUUUUCUUGGAAGGAUUCUGACUUCUACUCUCUGAAGGCUGUUACCAUGAUGAUUCGGCCACGCAACUUCAGACCACAUCUGUCGCCAUAG